GCAGGGCGAGGGCUGGGGGAGGGAGGAAGGGACGGGUGAGAAGUGGGCGCGGGGCGCUGAUUCUGCCCCUGGGGUCCCGGUUAGGAAGGAAGCUGACCCUCUGGGCGAGGGGCUGGAGGCAAUCGCUGCGCGAGGCAUGUCAUGGUUCAGUGGCCUCCUGGUACCCAAAGUGGAUGAACGGAAAACAGCCUGGGGGGAAUGCAAUGGGCAGAAGCGCCCGCGUCAUGGGACUCGGACCAGUGGCUUCUGCGCACCCCGCUAUAUGAGCUGCCUCCAGGAUGCACAGCCACCCAGCCCCACCCCUGCAACCCCACCUCGGUGCCCCUGGCAGGAGGAGGCCUUCAUCCGGAGGGGUGGCCCUGGCAAGGGCACAGAGCUGGGGCUGCGGGCCGUGGCCCUGGGCUUUGAGGACACUGAGACGACAGCACUCGGGGCAGCUGACGUGGCACCCAAUGUGGCACCCAGGAGCAGUCGAUCCUGUUGGCGCCGUCUGGUUCAGGUGUUCCAGUCGAAGCAGUUCCGCUCAGCCAAGCUAGAGCGCCUGUACCAGCGGUACUUCUUCCAGAUGAACCAGAGUAGCUUGACGCUGCUGAUGGCAGUGCUUGUGCUGCUCACGGCUGUGCUGCUGACCUUCCAUGCCGCGCCUGCCCACCCUCAGCCUGCCUAUGUGGCCCUGCUGGCCUGUGCGGCUGUCCUCUUUGUGGUGCUCAUGGUGGUGUGUAACCGACACAGCUUUCGCCAGGACUCCAUGUGGGUGGUGAGCUAUGUGGUGCUGGGCAUCCUGGCAGCUGUGCAGGUUGGGGGUGCCCUGGCAGCCAACCCCCACAGCCCCUCCGUAGGCCUUUGGUGCCCUGUGUUCUUUGUCUACAUCACCUACACUCUCCUACCCAUCCGCAUGCGGGCAGCUGUCUUCAGUGGCCUGGGCCUCUCCACCCUGCAUUUGAUCUUGGCCUGGCAACUCAACCGUGGUGAUGCCUUCCUCUGGAAGCAGCUCGGUGCCAACAUGCUGCUAUUCCUCUGCACGAAUGUCAUUGGCAUCUGCACACACUACCCAGCUGAGGUGUCUCAGCGCCAGGCCUUUCAGGAGACCCGCGGGUACAUCCAGGCCCGGCUGCACCUGCAGCAUGAGAAUCGGCAGCAGGAACGCCUGCUGCUGUCAGUGUUGCCCCAGCACGUUGCCAUGGAGAUGAAAGAAGACAUCAACACAAAGAAGGAAGACAUGAUGUUCCACAAGAUCUACAUCCAGAAGCAUGACAAUGUCAGCAUCCUGUUUGCAGACAUUGAAGGUUUCACCAGCCUGGCAUCACAGUGCACUGCACAGGAGCUGGUUAUGACCCUGAAUGAGCUCUUUGCCCGGUUUGACAAGCUUGCUGCAGAAAAUCACUGCCUGAGGAUCAAGAUCUUAGGGGACUGUUACUACUGUGUGUCAGGGUUGCCGGAGGCCCGGGCAGACCAUGCCCACUGCUGUGUGGAGAUGGGGGUGGACAUGAUUGAGGCCAUCUCGCUGGUGCGUGAGGUGACAGGUGUGAACGUGAACAUGCGCGUGGGCAUCCACAGUGGACGUGUGCACUGCGGUGUCCUUGGUCUGCGGAAGUGGCAAUUCGAUGUGUGGUCCAAUGACGUGACUCUGGCCAACCACAUGGAGGCAGGGGGCCGGGCUGGCCGCAUCCACAUUACUCGGGCCACGCUGCAGUACCUGAACGGGGACUACGAGGUGGAGCCAGGGCGUGGCGGUGAGCGUAACGCGUACCUCAAGGAGCAGCACAUUGAGACCUUCCUGAUCCUUGGUGCCAGCCAGAAACGGAAAGAGGAGAAAGCCAUGCUGGCCAAGCUGCAGCGAACGCGGGCCAACUCCAUGGAAGGGCUGAUGCCACGCUGGGUGCCUGACCGGGCCUUCUCCCGGAGCAAAGACUCCAAGGCAUUCCGCCAGAUGGUGAGGGCCCACAGCACCAGGACCUGGGCCUCACUUUUUUGUCUCCCCGGCUCUCUGUCCCCUGCCUUCGUCUGCCUUCCUUGUGGCUGCCAUUUCCAUGGCAUUGAUGAUUCCAGCAAAGACAACCGGGGUGCCCAAGAUGCCCUGAACCCUGAGGAUGAAGUAGACGAGUUCCUGGGCCGUGCCAUCGAUGCCCGCAGCAUUGAUCAGCUGCGCAAGGACCAUGUGCGCCGGUUCCUACUCACCUUUCAGAGAGAGGAUCUUGAAAAGAAGUACUCAAGGAAGGUGGAUCCCCGCUUCGGAGCCUACGUGGCCUGUGCCCUGUUGGUCUUCUGCUUCAUCUGCUUCAUCCAGCUCCUCGUCUUCCCACACUCAACACUGAUGCUUGGAAUCUAUACCGGGAUCUUUCUGCUGCUGUUGAUCACCAUGCUGACCUGUGCCGUGUACUCCUGUGGCUCCCUGUUCCCUAAGGGCCUGCAACAUCUAUCACGUAGCAUUGUGCGCUCUCGGGCACACAGCACCGCUGUUGGCAUCUUUUCAGUCCUGCUUGUGUUCACCUCCGCCAUUGCUAACAUGUUCACCUGUAACCACACCUCCAUACGGACCUGCGCAGCCAGGAUGCUGAAUUUAACACCUGCUGACAUCACUGUCUGCCACCUGCAGCAGCUCAAUUACUCUCUGGGCCUGGAUGCUCCCCUGUGUGAGGGCACCGUACCCACCUGCAGCUUCCCCGAGUACUUCGUCGGGAACAUGCUGCUGAGUCUGUUGGCCAGCUCUGUCUUCCUGCACAUCAGUAGCAUCGGAAAGUUGGCCAUGAUCUUUGUUUUGGGGCUCAUCUAUUUGGUGCUGCUUCUCCUGGGCCCCCCAGCCACCAUCUUUGACAACUAUGACCUACUGCUUGGUGUCCAUGGCUUGGCUUCUUCUAAUGAGACUUUUGAUGGGCUGGACUGCCCAGCUGCAGGGAGGGUGGCACUCAAAUAUAUGACCCCCGUGAUUCUGCUGGUGUUUGCCCUGGCCCUGUAUCUGCAUGCUCAGCAGGUGGAAUCGACUGCCCGCCUGGACUUCCUCUGGAAACUGCAGGCAACAGGGGAGAAGGAGGAGAUGGAGGAGCUCCAGGCAUACAACCGGCGGCUGUUGCAUAACAUUCUGCCCAAGGAUGUAGCUGCCCACUUCCUGGCCCGGGAGCGCCGGAACGACGAGCUCUACUAUCAGUCGUGUGAGUGUGUGGCUGUCAUGUUUGCCUCCAUUGCCAACUUCUCUGAGUUCUACGUGGAGCUGGAGGCAAAUAAUGAGGGUGUGGAGUGCCUGCGGCUGCUCAACGAGAUUAUCGCUGAUUUUGAUGAGAUCAUCAGUGAGGAGCGGUUCCGGCAGCUGGAGAAGAUCAAGACGAUUGGUAGCACCUACAUGGCUGCCUCUGGGCUGAACGCCAGCACCUAUGAUCAGGUGGGCCGCUCCCACAUCACCGCCCUUGCCGACUAUGCCAUGCGGCUCAUGGAGCAGAUGAAGCACAUCAAUGAGCACUCCUUCAACAAUUUCCAGAUGAAGAUCGGACUGAACAUGGGCCCAGUUGUGGCAGGUGUCAUUGGGGCUCGGAAGCCACAGUAUGACAUCUGGGGGAACACAGUGAAUGUCUCUAGCCGUAUGGACAGCACAGGGGUCCCUGACAGAAUCCAGGUGACCACUGACCUGUACCAGGUUCUGGCUGCCAAGGGCUACCAGCUGGAGUGUCGAGGAGUGGUCAAAGUGAAGGGCAAGGGGGAGAUGACCACCUACUUCCUCAAUGGGGGCCCCAGCAGUUAGCAGUUACAAAUUCAGCUGAAGGGACCAAGGUGGGCAUUUGAGUGGACUCUGUACUCGCUGGGUGGAGCUGUGGCAGGGGACACUGAGCCUUCAGACCCUGCUUACCACAAAAGGGAACACCCCAGCAGACCGUGCUUGGACCAUGCUCGUCUGCCCUCAGGCUGGAGAAUGAGGGGAUGCCAAGAGGAAUUUGCAAGUGACUUUCUUUUUAUAUUGGGGCAGGACUGUUCCCUCUCCUUUCCUCCAGCUUUUGGGAGCAGGGGAGGAGGCUGCAGCAGAGGCAGUGGGAAUCCUCCUGCCUGGGAGGUGAAAAUGGCAGCUUGCCAUGCCUGCCCUUUCCCUGUCUGGGCAACAGGCUCAGGGCUAGGCUUUUCCUUUCCCCUUUUCCUGGGAGUAUUUCAUACAAAGACUGGCAGGCAUGAGGAGUGCCUAUUCCAUGCUUGCCUUUGCUAUGCCUGCAUCCCCAGCAUGGUUCUGGGGAUCCCCCACCCUAGCCAGGUCUCCCUCCUAGGCACAGGGCAUAGGAGGGAUAUGCCCUGGGGACCUAGUUCUGUCCAUAUUUCAGGGGAAUGUUUCCAUUUGCCAAAUCCUAGUCCCAUGAUCUGUCCCCAAAGGGGAACAAAGGGACUUCUGACAGCUCAGAUUUAGCCCUAGUUCCUGCAAAGUUCCAGGGAAAGGGGCGUCUGGCCUCACUGGUACUGUGAAAAUGCCCAGCCAGAGAGCAAACCUUUGUGUGGGGAUGUCAGAUCAGGAGCUGGAAGUUCACCUGCAGGUGCCAAAGAGAACGGGCCGGCCAGGGAGUGGGAUGGGGCCAGACUCUGAUCUGAGGGCCCCAAUGGGCAGGAUCAGGUCACUCUGCCCCAGUGUUCUUUUGCUGUCUGCUGGCAAGGGGGCACACAGCAUCUCUACACCUUCUGUUGCCAAAUUAGAAAAGGGCCAGGGUAUGGAGGAAGAUAACUCUGAUCCCAAACCUGUCCUCCCAAACCUCUGGCACUGGGGAGGGCCUGUGUGUCUGUGUAAUGUGCGUGCAUGUUGGUCUUCAUUUGCAUGUCUUUUCCAGGGCCGUGUGUGUCCUUGUGCUUCUGCUCCUCAGCUCUCCACUCUGGGCUGCCUCUCUCCCGUGGUCCUCUAUCUUCUGGGAAUAAGGCAGGAUUCCGUUUCAAGGAUGGGGAGGGAUGCUCAGGUUGCACAGGAGUGGAGUAGGGUGUAGUAACAAGAGGAGGGGGGCCCUGGGGAGAGGUGUCCUUUUGUGCCAAAUCCCUAAGUGCCAUUUGGGGGCCACGUGUGCAGCAUGACUGUCCUCCUGCCUGGGGCAGGGACCAAGCCUGAACUGUCUGGGAUUUGGUGGUCAGAGGCUCAGGAAUUUCCAGGAUUCCCCAGCUGGUAUCCUGGGACGUGGUAUGCUUUGGGACUGGGGUAACACGGGAUCCCUCUGAGGACCCAGAUACUGGUACUAGAGGAUGGGGCAGGGGAACCUGAAACUUCGCCUUCCCAAGCCUUCAGCCUGAGUUUAGCAUGUUCCUGGCACCCCAGUCCCUGUGAAGCCUACAGGGGUUGGCAGGGGGGUUAGGAGGCUAGAUUUCCUUCCUACCCCUGCCUUCCUUUUAUCUUUUUCUUGCAACUUCCUUGCCUCUGGCCUGAAUUAGUUGGUGUCUUGGUUUCUCUGCCUGUACCUAUUUAAGCCAGAGGCAUUAGCUUGAAUUUUGCUUGAAGACUGCUUCGUCUUGGAGGCGAUCAGAGAGGCUGAGGAGAGACCCAGAAGUGCUGAGUUUGGAAGUAGAAGGGGCAAGUGAUGAUAUCUUGUCCUUCUUCAUGCCCUUUCUGACUCUAGUAGAGGCCUGGUUUCUGGCUCAAACUGCCUGCCUUUGGGGCUCUUCAUGCAUCAAUCAAAUGGGCCCUCAGGUACUUACUUCAUUAGCCAAGGCAGGAGGAGGGGAAGACUAGUUGGUCCAGACAGGAAAUCAGCUCUCCUCCCCGCAGCCAUAUCCUUGGAUAGGAAGGGACUGCUUGGAGCCAUGGGGUAUGGGUGAGGAUACAAAGAGACUAGGAUGAGAAGACUUCAGUUUUGGGUGAUUUGUCUCUGCUUCUUGCCAGGCGGGAAGGGCCUGUCCAUACCUUGGCUCCCCUACCACAGUGCCAGCCAUGGCCUUCCUCCAGGCUACCAUUGUCCCCUCCUCACCAGUUGGCGGGGGAGUCAGUGGAUGGGAGGUCCAUGGACUUCGGUUUUUAUAAUGUAACCACUGUGGGGGGGAGGGUGAUGUAUCAUGUAUUUCAGUGAAAUAUUUAAUAUAUUUAAAUAUCAAUAAAAUCAAACUCUUUGUAAAA